CCCCACCCCCAAAAAAACCCUUUUCCUUCCUCCCUUCUGCCCGCCCAUCGCUGACAUCCUCCUCCGGCCGCCUCCUCCCCCCCCGCUCCGGGCUGCGCGGCCCCCGCCGCCUCAGCGAGCGCUGCGCACAUCGCCCGAGCCUGCAGCACCGAGCGGGAUAAAACAGAGGCAGAAAGAAUGAACAUUUUUGAAAAGUGACAAUAGAAAAGCAUGAAUGUAUGAAAACAUGUCCACAAUGGUGUAUUUAAAGGAAGAGAAGUUGGAGAAGCUUACUCAAGAUGAAAUAAUUGCCAAAACUAAGCAAGUGAUUAAUGGACUAGAGGCCCUGAAGAAUGAACACAAUUCAAUUUUACAGAGCUUACUUGAAACGCUGAAAUGUUUGAAGAAAGAUGAUGAAACUAAUCUGGUUGAAGAAAAAUCAAACAUGAUUCGAAAGUCACUGGAAAUGCUGGAGCUUGGCCUUAGUGAAGCACAGGUAAUGAUGGCCUUGUCAAAUCACUUAAAUGCAGUAGAAUCAGAGAAGCAGAAAUUGCGUGCUCAGGUUCGCCGGCUAUGCCAGGAAAAUCAGUGGCUACGGGAUGAACUAGCCAAUACACAACAGAAACUACAGAAGAGUGAGCAGUCUGUGGCUCAACUGGAGGAAGAGAAAAAACAUCUAGAAUUCAUGAAUCAGUUAAAAAAAUACGAUGAUGAUAUUUCACCAUCAGAGGAUAAAGAUACCGAUUCCACCAAAGAGCCUUUGGAUGAUUUAUUUCCCAAUGAUGAAGAUGACCAAGGACAAGGAAUUCAACAGCAGCAUAGCAGUGCAGCAGCUGCUGCCCAGCAAGGGGGCUAUGAAAUUCCAGCAAGAUUAAGGACCCUUCAUAAUCUUGUUAUUCAGUAUGCUUCCCAAGGUAGAUACGAGGUUGCCGUGCCUCUCUGUAAACAAGCUCUUGAAGAUCUGGAGAAGACUUCGGGUCACGAUCAUCCUGAUGUUGCCACUAUGUUGAACAUACUUGCUUUGGUGUACAGGGACCAGAAUAAAUACAAAGAUGCAGCAAAUCUCCUGAAUGAUGCCUUGGCUAUCCGCGAAAAGACUUUGGGCAAAGAUCAUCCAGCGGUGGCAGCAACUCUAAACAAUCUUGCAGUACUUUAUGGCAAACGGGGAAAGUACAAAGAAGCUGAACCAUUGUGUAAGCGAGCUCUGGAAAUCAGAGAAAAGGUUCUGGGGAAAGAUCACCCAGAUGUUGCCAAACAAUUGAAUAACUUGGCUUUACUGUGCCAGAACCAGGGUAAAUAUGAGGAGGUUGAAUACUACUAUCAGAGGGCACUGGAGAUUUACCAAACUAAGUUGGGACCAGAUGAUCCAAAUGUUGCAAAAACAAAGAAUAACCUGGCAUCCUGCUACCUAAAACAGGGCAAAUUUAAGCAAGCAGAAACUUUAUACAAAGAGAUUCUUACUCGCGCUCAUGAACGGGAGUUUGGCUCUGUAGAUGAUGAAAAUAAGCCUAUUUGGAUGCAUGCAGAAGAGAGGGAAGAAUGCAAAGGAAAGCAAAAAGAUGGCACAUCUUUUGGAGAAUAUGGUGGCUGGUACAAAGCUUGCAAAGUUGACAGCCCAACAGUAACAACUACCUUAAAGAACCUUGGGGCACUUUACAGGCGACAGGGCAAAUUUGAGGCUGCUGAAACAUUAGAAGAGGCAGCAAUGAGGUCUCGUAAACAGGGUCUUGACAAUGUUCAUAAACAGAGAGUUGCUGAAGUGCUGAAUGACCCUGAGAGCAUAGAAAAAAGGCGAAGCCGGGAGAGCCUCAAUGUCGAUGUGGUAAAGUACGAGAGUGGCCCUGAUGGAGGCGAGGAAGUGAGUAUGAGCGUAGAAUGGAAUGGGGAUGGCACUGGAUCUUUAAAACGCAGUGGUUCCUUUAGCAAGCUCCGUGCUUCCAUUAGACGCAGCAGUGAGAAGCUGGUUAGAAAGCUGAAGGGAGGAAGUUCACGAGACAGUGAACCAAAGAAUCCAGGCAUGAAGCGUGCCAGUUCUCUGAAUGUUCUUAACAUGGGUGGCAAGGCUACUGAAGAUCAUUUUCAAGAACGAAAUAAUUGUCUGACAGACUCAAGAGCUCUGAGUGUCAGUCAUACUGAUCUGGCGCAUUGAGAUUCUUGGACAGAAGCUAGCUAAUAUUCCUUUGUGAACAAAGAAGCACUGAGACCUUCAAAGCUUUGGUUCCUCAUCCUUAUGUAUAGGAACACCUAGUUUGUAGAUUUUGUUGGGUUGUUUUUCCAAUGGACUGCUGUUUUUACUUUUCUAAAUAGGGACAAUUUUAAACACAGCAUUAGAGGGUAUUUUCUUCUAAAGGAAAACUAUAUAGAUAUAUAUUGCUCAUUGCACUGCUCCCAUUCAUGCUACUUACAUGGAUUUCUUUCAUAGAUCUGAGUAUUACAGCAGCCAAAAAAUAAGUAAAAAUACAAACAUAUUUAAUGCAUACCAAAAGGCAAAAAGAUUUGAAAAUGCAGGCAAAUUUAAACGUGUAGCAGUAAAUAUAUACAGUGCUGGAAUGAGAAAAGGAUAAAUUUAUGUGCAUUACUGUAUAAAUUCAAAUGGAGCAUACUGUAUUGGUGGGGCUUUGCACCACUGAUUAUUGUAAUAUUAGAAACCUUAGCUGGCAAAAGAGUACUUAGACCUGGCUUUCUUAACCACUAGAUUGAGCUGUUAAAUUGUACAGAGAAGAUGGUUGGGGUGACGUUACUUAGAGAUGGCAUGAAUAGCAAUACCUGUGGCCAUAGCUUUGAUACUCGUUGAUACAAGUUUAUUAGGGCACAAUAAUCAAUGGAGAUAGGAUGGCUCGUGUUGAUCAGGAGAAAAGAGGAAACGUUUUGACCUUAACCUUGUGUGGUUGAAGAAUACUGAAGGUUCAGACUGCAGUGGUGCCAGAGCAGCUGCUCUGAGGGAAGCAUCACGCCUCAGGUUGACUUUCUUGCAUGUUCACUGGAAUUCACAAUCCCAUUCUCUGUACGCUUGAAGGGCUCCAACGUUUCCUUCUGCUGAUCCCAAAUCUGGCCUUUCUCCAUGACAGCUGAUGACAGCAGAAGCAGGCAGUGACACGCUAGGCUGUUCCACUGUGGAGCAGCUGCUGUGCAAAGGACCACGUGAAUCCUAAGGGCCCCAGUGGAAGCACUAGAUGGCCACAAGUGGCAGCCUACUCGUUAGACCACACGUCCAUAUUAAAUCUACUUAUGGUUAAUAUAUAUGCUGUCUGUAUGCAGGACUGCUGCUGGAACUAUGUAUGUAUGUAUUUUACAGACACCAGUAUUUCCUCUUGCUUUUCUGUAAAGCUUGUAAUUAUGAUAUUUUUUUGUAAAAAUUCUUACUCCUGUGAAGUUGGAUGAGAAAGUAAAAAAAAAACAACCAGUGUGUGCAGAAA